UCGGCAGUAGGGAGUGGGGUUUUUGCUGCACGAUAUUUGCGCACAAUUGCGACGUCACAUUUUUGCCAUUCUAAGCUCUUUCCAGAAGGCCCGGGGCCGGGUUUGUGCAGAGUCCUCUUGCCUAUUUUAGUUCUUCUAGGCCGCGACACGGCUGUUAAUUCGUUAAAUGCGUUUUAUGUUGCUGAAGUCUCUAACCUGAACCCCUAAGGCCUGAUAAGAUGGUGAAAUGAGUGACAAGCAGACUACGCCUGUAAAAGCCCUGAAGGAGAAGAACCAAAAUAUUCCAUCCCUUAAAGAGCCUGUUAAAAAGACACCCGUAAAGGAUGCCCUUUCUAAGAGAAGAGCUGCGUUUGACAAAGAUAUUGAACCACUUCUUAUGGAGAACCCCCGCAGAUUUGUUAUCUUUCCUAUUCGUUUCCAUGAUAUCUGGGCUAUGUACAAGAAAGCAGAAGCUUCAUUUUGGACAGCUGAGGAAGUUGACUUGUCAAAGGAUCGAUCAGAUUGGGCAAAGCUGACAAAGGAUGAGAAACAUUUUAUCUCCCAUGUCCUUGCCUUCUUUGCUGCUUCUGAUGGGAUUGUCAAUGAAAACUUAGUGGAAAGAUUCAGUCAAGAAGUUCAGGUAACAGAAGCACGGUGCUUCUAUGGCUUUCAGAUUGCAAUGGAAAAUGUUCACUCAGAAAUGUACAGUUUGUUAAUCGACACAUACAUAGCCGAUUCCCAAGAGAGAGAGUAUUUAUUUAAUGCCAUUGAAACACUCCCAUGUGUGAAGAAGAAGGCCGAUUGGGCCAUGAAGUGGAUUGCUCAUGAGUCUGCCACGUUUGCUGAGCGAGUAAUUGCCUUUGCUGCUGUGGAGGGUAUCUUCUUCUCUGGAAGCUUUGCUGCCAUUUUCUGGCUUAAGAAGAGAGGGCUUAUGCCAGGUCUUACCUUCAGCAAUGAGUUGAUUUCACGAGAUGAGGGACUUCACACAGAUUUUGCGUGUCUGAUGUUCAAACAUGUUGUUCAGAAACCCUCUGAAGAGGAAAUUGUAAACAUCAUUCGUGAUGCUGUAGCUAUUGAACAGGAAUUCUUAACCGAAGCUCUACCUUGUGCAAUGAUUGGGAUGAAUUGUGACCUCAUGAAAAUUUACAUUGAGUUUGUAGCUGAUCGUCUUCUGAUCGAACUCGGAUGUCAAAAGGUUUACAACUCUGAAAACCCAUUUGACUUCAUGGAGCACAUCUCAUUAGAAGGCAAGACUAAUUUCUUUGAAAAGAAAGUUGGUGAAUAUCAGAAGUGGGGAGUGAUGGCUAAUAAGGCGGAGAAUGUGUUUACUUUAGAUGCUGACUUUUAGGCAGUCACAAGAUAAUUAGUCCAAUUUUAAUUUUGACUAAUAAGUUUUCAUUAUUUUUGCAUGGAUCAUUUCAUCAUUUGUUUCUACCUCUGUAUUCUACAUAUUUUAUUUGAUAACUAUCAGUGGAUUAAGGGUAGAGGCUCCUCUUACAACUGUAUAUUUUAUCUUUGUACUGUAUAUAUCUAUAGUCACUUAAAUGCCACUAGCUUUGACAAUGUUACCUGUAGAUGUACCACAUUUAAUUUUAACGUUCAGUGAGAUUUUACCUAAUGUUUUAUGGUUUACCAGUUGAUAAGAGGCAUUUCCUUUAAAUAUUUGUUUUUCUACUAUGUAUGCUUUAAUGUUUUGGUUCCUAUGAAUUGGUUAAUCCAAGUCUAUUCAAAGUUUUUAGUGUUACACUGUUAUUUCUAAGUAUUUUCUUACGCAGAACUUUUUUUUAAAUAAAGAACUCUGAUAUCAUA